AUGUUUGUCACUGUGCUGUUUGGAGAUGACAGGAUGGAGAUGUUAAACCUUAACUGUAAACUGGUCCACUUCAUUCAUCAUCUGAAGGAAAGGUGUGGUCUGGAUUCAAGCGACUGUGUGGAGCUGAUGGACAGCACCGGGAGGGUGAUGAACCUGGAACCCAUGCAGCACAGCAUGGCCCAAGCCAGCAGCGUCCUGGCAGAGAGGCAAUGCUACAUCCUUCUGCGUGUCUGCCAAGAGAAUGAGGAAUCUGGAGGUUGUAAAUAUGUCUCUCUCCUGAAUAACGCCAAGAGUCACCCUGAGUUAACAGGACUGAUGAAGAGACUUUCAAAUCCAAGCAAGGUGUCAGAAAGAAAGAACAAAAGAGGACGAACACAAAGAAGUAGAAAAACAUGUAAUACUGACAACAAUAAGUAUCCUUAA